AUGAGGAAGGAGAAGUCACGGUCUUGCGACCGAAAGAUCGGAAUCGGCGCCGCACACAAAUGUCGGAUCCACCUUCAUCAUGAACUAGCCAUCGUGGAUGUCCAUGGCGCUAAUCUUCUCCGUAUGUUCGCUGCUCGGCCUAUCGCUCAGACGCGAUGCUCCGUCUCAUACUUUGUCUGUCUCCGUCUUCAUCUCCGUCGCGAAAUGGUUUCCGAUUCCAUAUCCGCCGCGCCGGUAAUCGCCUCUGACGGCGGCAAACCCCGAUCCCGGCCGCGAUUCCUUCAGUUUCCCCCUGAUUUUUCUGAAAAACUUUCUUCUGCUGAUUUUUAA